AUGCUGCUGCGUAAACUAGUUUCUGUUGUUAUAAACUUAAUUCUAAUUUUUAAAACAAGUUUUGCUAAGGAAAGUGACGAGGAUGAUAGUAAAGUCUACUCGGGUUCUAUUCUGGCCUUAGGGGAGCUCAGAGAAUUCGAGAACUCCUAUAUGGAUCAACUCAAUAACUAUAUUAAAUCUCUGCAAAGGAAAGUGGAAACACUGAGAAUAUUUACUGACUCGGUGAAACAUAAAAUUCUGGAAAGUGAAGCGAGUCGUUUCGAAUAUGUGUCAAAUCCCCUUAAUGCCUUUGAACUGAUGAGACGAGCUCAUGAAGAUUGGCCCAAGUGGAUGACUUACCUCAGGGCUCAGGAAAAGGAUCAAGAUAAUCAACUUUCAGAAAUUCAUAAACUUUUAAAGCGUACACCAACUGCCGAGGACUUACAGGAGGCUUCAUUGGGAAUGUAUCGCAUUGAACAUUUCUAUAACCUAAGCUCUACGGACAUGUCAAAGGGUCUACUGGCUGGUCAGCAACUAGAAACCCAAAUGUGCGCUUCCGAGUGUCUAGCCCUAGCUGAGUAUAUGUUCAAUAAGUCAGAGUAUAGACGAGCAGCUCAAUGGUACCGACUGGCCUUACAUAAUAUUAAGGAGCCAACGAAUAAGAUUGCGCUUCAAAUUUACAAACCACAUCGAGAGGAACUUCGCAAAAUGUUUGUAAUAAGUCGACUUCAUGAAGGUGCCCUCGACAACAUAAGUGAUUACUUAGAGGAGGUUAACCAGGACCCAGAGAUACCCCUCCUCCACUUAAAGCCCAUUCCGCCAGCCACUGCCAUUGAACGACGAUGUCGAGGAGAGUUUCCACCACGUCCGCAACUCGUGUGUCGCUACAAUUUUACCACCACACCAUUUAUGCGUAUAGCACCCCUCAAGGAGGAGGAGAUCAGCAAGGAUCCACUCAUGUGGCUAUAUCACGAUGUACUCUAUGACAGCGAGAUUGCACAUUUCAUAAAUCUGACCAGCGAAGACUUGUCCCAAGGCUAUGCCGAUAAUUACACAGCUCCCAAAAACCCAGAUCGCGUCUUCCAGGUUAAAAUUACCGAUGACGAUGGUGGUAAAAUGGACAAGGCUUUGGUGAAUCGCAUGACGGAUAUAUCGGGUCUGGCAAUGGGCAAUGUUAGCUCUCUGGCCAGAGCAAACUACGGUCUGGGUGGGUAUUUUCAGGAGCACAGCGACUACAAAGAUCCCAGAAUUUAUCCGGAACGAAUCAGUGAGGGCGAUAGUUUAAUUACAUUUUUGUUUUAUGCCACCGAUGUCCCUUUGGGUGGUGCCACCAUUUUUCCUGCAGCAAAUCUUACCAUUCAGCCCAAGAAGGGCUCGGCACUUUUCUGGUACAAUCUUCACAAUAAUUGGGAACCAAAUCCUUUGACCAGACACGCUGUGUGUCCCAUGAUUCAAGGAAACCGAUGGAUUUUUACCAAAAGCAUGUUGAACUAUCAGCAGAUGUUUACCAAGCCUUGCUACAAAUAAAGGCGUUCCGAUUUUAGGGAUUGAACCAUAAAUUUAAAA